CAGAGUUUAGCGCGCUAACCACCGAUUCUUCAGCCUGGACCGUCAUCGCCACCUUAUCACAAGUUAAGCCUCACUUUGCCUGUUUUGUUCUUCAUUCUAAUGUCGUAAUGACCCUCUUCGCCCUGCCACUCUCAUGGCAGAAUGGCCGCAUAUCCACCUCCGCCUCUUCAUUUCCCCAAACUGCUGGGCAAUCAACAAACAGAAAACGCAAGCGCAGCUUCCCAUUGAACUCGCCACCCCCUCCGUCCACACUAUCCACGCUACCAAAUUCUGUAUUUGAUUACCCAUCCUCGCCUGCGCCAAGUACCAACCUCGAUUAUGUGACCAGCAACCCUCUGUCGCUAAACGCCGACGAAACCAGGCAGUACAGAGCUGCUGGGCUGGAACUCGAUAAAGAGUUGCCCAGCAAAACUUACACGGGGUUCCCACAUAGGAAUUUACCAUGGGAUGCUGGACUUGCUACUGAUGAUGAGGAUCGGGAAUCGUCAAAAGCGGAAUUAAGUUCCAUCGAAAGAGGUAGCAAACCUUCUCACCUAAAAGUUCGGCACUUAGGCGUCUUGACGGCUAUUCUGCAGCGAUGCAUAGCGGAAGGCGAUAUUCCGCGGGCAUCCAAGGCAUGGGCAUUACUUCUACGAGCUCAAGUGGGAGGUAAAGGUGUUGAUCUUCGAUCCACAGGGUACUGGAGCUUGGGUGCAGAACUCCUCAUACGGAGAGGCGAGCAGCUUCCAGCAGGCAACGAUGGAACUAGUCGUGAAGGCGAUCUUCAAGAAACUCCACCUCUAGACCCCCAGGAUUCUGGAACUGUGUCGUGGGGCACAGCUGAGGGGCUUGAAAGGGCGAAAGAUUACUACGCCCGGCUUAUCCUUCAACACCCCUACAAACGGCAAUAUUCCACCGCCACUUCAGCACUUGAUUUCUGGCCUGCAAUGCUUAGCUGCGAGAUCUAUGGCAUUCAAAGCAAACAGCAGCAAUCGCUACACCAGCUAGUCAUGCGUCAAAGAGACGGCAACAACGGUUCUACCUCUGACCAUGAAGACUCUUUAUCUGAUGAGGAGUCUGAGAAUAGCGCCGACGAUAGUCUCGGCGCCACGCAGGAGGAAGUAUACUUCGCAAGGCGUGCAAAGCGUGAAUCGCGCACAGCGCAACGCCAGCAAGUGAGGAGUUGGAAGAAGAAGGAAGAGGUGCGCAUGCACGCAAAAACUGCGGCGGAGAAAGUUGCAGCACGCAUGGAUGAGAUAAUGACGACCCCACCAUUUGUGGAUAGCCAUGUACUGCACCGGUUGCGAGGGUAUUUGGCCUUGUAUAUUGGGGAUUUGAGUAUCCUUUCACCUUGGGAGCAAAAACUUGGUGGUGAAUCGGAGGGGGCGUCGGCGUGGGUGAGGAGGUCAGAGGCGGAGAAGGGUGAGCUACUUAAGAAAGAGAUGGUAGAGGUGGCGAGAGCGCACUUUGAUGUGGCUAAGCGGAGAGGCGGGCAUAUCCCGGACUGGGAGACAGAAGAGACUGCGGUUGGAUAUGAGGACGAAUCUGCUUAGACGGCUCCUCUGUGGAUUGACGUCCCGGACCUGCACUGUCCUGUCGGGAAGUGGAUGUUGAGUUUGGACUCCAGUCACAAAUAAGAACCAGAUAAUCCAGGUCACUAGUGUAGCUGUGGAAUACUCAGUAUAGACAUAGUGAAAAUGAAGUCAUGAACUAUCUUUGAGCAAAUUGAGGUUUCAUAAGCAGUUAUCGGGCGAUCUCCAACAAAUUAACGAAGUCAACCCAACCUCGGUAGAUGUGAAAGUGUUAACGCUAUAGCCUUGUCCAAAAUUUCCCAGCGGAAUUCAAUUCACGUCUUACUACGGACUAUGUAAUUCUAGUAAUCUAUUUA